ACUUAAUAUUACUUAAUAUUAAAAUCUAAACAGUUUAAUAAAUCUCUAGAUUUAAUAUUUUUAACAAUCAUAAUAACAAUUUUUUUACUUGUAUCUAGAAUGAGAACAAUGGGAUGUUUUUUCAAUAUUUUUGUGAUAUUUUACUACAGUCUACAUAUAAAGUUGUUACAUCGAAAUUGUAGACUAUAACUUAUUUGCAGACAAAUAGAGAGAAAAGAAUUCAAUAUCUCGCACGAUCUUCGACUAUAUACUGCAAUAAAAGAGUUAUAAAUGUAUAUUUACUUUGAAUAAGAAUUGAUAAAAAAGAAGAAAUGUCGAUGUCACAAAAAUACAGAUUAUUGGAUUGUAGCGGCAAAUAUAUGAAAUGUCACGUGGAAUAAAACCUUAUCGAAUAAUACGACGUGCGCGCGAUUACUGCGAUUACUGUUUUGAGGAUCACAUUUACGAAUUUUAUUUGUCCAUUCGUUUGAAACACGAACCGCAUACAGUCGGAAAAAAUCGCAGAUAUCAGAUCGUCGCAUUGGGUAGAUCGGACCAGAAAUACAAUGCUUCGUUUGUUAUACUCACACUGAUAGAAAUUUAGCAAACUGCGCAAUCCAUUUUUUAAACAUUGACCUUCGCAUUCUCUGCAAUAUCGCUUGAUGCAUUUGGACUCCAUUAUACUAGCUAAAAGUUAUCAAAAAAAUUGCAGAUUAAAAAAAUUUUUUUCUUUUCUAGAUUUAUUUAUUCUUUUUUUAAUGAAAAAAAAAAUUUGGUAAAUACCUGUCAUGAAUUUUAGCCCUGAAAAGAAGAAAAUAAUGGAAAAACUAAUUUCUAAUGAUAUAUGCGAAAUGACUUGCUCGAUAUUUUGCUGUAAUUAAGUAAAUAACUUUUAAAUGAAUAAGUAGACUCAAAUAAACUUUUGCAAGAAUAUUUGUUGAAGUUUUAUUAGUAUAUGUACACAAUUUGAUGUAAUGCUUUUUUCUGAUCAAAUUUGCAAAUAAAUAUAAGAUGCAAUUUUACAUAAGAAUUAAAAGCAAACAAUAAAUUAAAAAUAACUUAAUCUAAUGAAAAAAUUAUGUUUGAAUUUUAUACUUAAACGUAAUAACAAUCUAUGAAAUUUUUAAAUUUUUGGUAACAUUAUGAGAUAAAUACAUCUUUAAAUCACCCUUAAAAAAUUAUUACUCUCGAGUUUUCUUUAAUAUUUUUUAGUCACAACUUUAUGUAUCAUAAAAGUCAUAUAAAAUCCCCGCAAUAGCUCAUCAUUCGACAGAUCGAAGUCCUGAUCAUUGAAAAUAAAUUUUUCUAAUAAUAAACUAUUUGUUUAAGAGAAGCAAGAUAUAAAAAUAAACUUGCAUUGACAUGUUUAACUAUGGUAUAUAUAGUUAGUGCAGUUUAGAAAAAUAUAUUAAUACAUAUACAUAUAUACAAGAAUUUAUGAUAUCUUGCAUUAUGAAUCAUAAUUAACGAUAAAAUACAAUUUUACUAACCAUCUGCUUAAUUAAUUACACAUUUAACUAUGCAAUCUGUACAAUUAAAUAAUAAUGUUAUAAUAUUAUAAGAUUAUACACACAUAUACACACUGAUAUUUUCAUGUUAUGCUGAAAGAAAAUGAUUCGUCGGUUGAAUAUAGUUAAAGGAGUACAUCAUACGAACGCAUAAUAAUUCAUAAUGCGAAAGAGAAAGGAAAAACGGAUACAACGGCUUAUUUCAUUACAUAUAUGCUCCGAAACUUCUUUCUUAUCGCGAAACUGCGGUGUGAGCGACGCCUAAUAACGUAUCGUUAUCACGUCGGUCGCACGAAUAGACGAGCGACGGGAGAAGUCUAGGGGAACGAUUGGUCGUAUCCGCGUGGGGGUAAGCGCUGAUUGGUUAUCGAGAGUGGGGGGUAGCGUUCGUCGUGCAGUUCACGUCCGACUGCCGUGAGUUGCGGUCUCGCUAGUACGCUCCAUUCUGUUUCUUUCUCUCUCGCUUGUAUUCUCCUUUCAUCUUUUUUCUUCCUUUUCAAUCUUCGGAAAAGGCUGCGUGACGUUCAGCGGCUGACACUUUGCAGAUACCCGCGCAUAAGUGCACGAUGUUGCCACGUUGUCGCGGCGCGUCGUAAUUUUUUUUUGGUGUGGUGUGUGUGAAAAACGCGUGGUUUCUCGCGCGCGUUACGUAAUCAUAUCUCUCGCUUGUGGCCGGCAAGUAGUAAACAGGUGACGACGACGGAGGAACGAAGCGGAACGACGGCGUCGCGCCGAUAGCGAUUGACCUUUUAAUAAAACGCAAACCGCGUCGCGUGUAAAUUGCGCAAAAUAGCAGCUGGCCGCUAAUCGACGGUGUUUGGAAUAAAUCACCGCUCCGCAUUACGGUGGACACUGUUCGGUAUACUGUGUCAAGGCCGGCGGCAAGUUCGCGCCUCGUGUGUGUCAGUUCGGAGCGCAUUUUUCUGCGCAAUACCGGAGGAAAAGAACAGAGAGAGAGAGAGAGAGAGAGAGAGAGAGAAAGAGAGAGAGACGAAGAGACGAAGAGAGAAAGAGAACACAUAGAAAAGAAAAGAGAAAUUGCAUCUUUGGUCACCCUGUAUCGCGAUCAUUAAGACUUCGCGAUUGCGAAGUUCCUCAAGAUUUGUCUCUAAUCUACAAGACGAUGUCAAGGCCGGUGUCAACUUCCGGCGAACGUUUUACGAGUGGCAGAAAACGCAUGACAUAGCCGCCACUGUUCAUCAUCAAUUGCACGCGCGCACGCAUUUGCGCGUUCGUCAAAUUGUCAACGAACUUGGUCGGGUUUGGAUAGAAAAUCCAAAUAUAUACAAUUUAGUUUUGGGUUGGCAAGUUUCAAUGUAACGAAUACUUGUGCGCGAAAUCUGCAGGGAAUAGAGUUUGCACGAAGGAACGUCGCACGGUCGAUGUUUGUCGAUAGAAACGCGAAACGCGAUAUAUCGCGAUAGUCGUAGCGGAGUACUCUCCCGCGGGAAUACCAUCGGAACAUUCAACGCCGGCACUGUACGCUCCGGUACGAUCAAUAGAUCAAGCUCGCCUAAUGUUUGUCGUGGAUCGAGGCGAGGCGAGAAUUAUCUCGACGCGCGAAUAAGUUAUCGAGCGACCGCGAUUAAUCACCGACUAACCGGCUAAUUUUAAUUCGACCGGCAAACAAGCGCCGUCGCCAUUGCGAUAAGGCGCCGAGAGAAACAUCGAUUCUCUGCUGACGAUGUGUCUUCGUAUGCUGCUGUUUUUCAGUUCUCCAUAGCGAGUGACACGAGGCACACCUGCGGCCAACUACGACCUAUGUUUAGUUGACGCAAACGAGCGGCUAUUGAGUAAGCUGUGGAUAAAGACGAGUCGCAAUAUCGACACCAUAAAAAUUAUAAGACAAUAUCGACCGAUAGACUGUAGCGAAUUGAAAAAUUUUCUAUUUGAAAUGGCAAACAAGGACGCGAUGGGCGUACGUACUUUGUACGGGUAGACGUAUAAGAGCCACUCUUUCUCUCUCUUUUUUUCUUUUGAAGACAUUUAUAUGUAUCUCGAAAUAUACAACAUGCAGCCCACAGUAUGUGGUCCGCCAAAUAUGUGGUACAAACGGCAUCAGCAAGCAUCCCUGAGGGAUUUGCAACCCCCGCAACCCCCGCAACCCCCGCAACCUCCGCAGCCCCCGCAGCACCCGCGGCAACAGAUUCUCCAUCCGGGGAUCGGCACGGAUGAACACCUGCUGUAUCAAUCGCAGCAACAAAUUCUCUAUCCAAGGAUGGAUAAUCUCGCGCCCCAGCCGCAGCAACAAACUCUCAAUCGCAUGAAUAAACCUACGCAUCAACCGCAGCAAGAAACUGAUCCAGAGAAGAGUAAAAGCAUGCCAUCAAGCACCCUUACGCACCUUGCCAAGGAGUGGUCAUGGUCAAACUUGGUUCAGACUUGGCGGGGAGAUACGAAGUUCGAUCGCCGCAGAGGCAGCUGGGGAGUGUCCGACACGAGACUCCUAAUGGAACCAGACGAAAUACAUCUAAGCAAUAGUUCACGUACUACGCGAAACCACGCGGAAAAGCAACGUCGCGAUAGUCUCAACGGAUGUAUAUCGGAGAUGGCAAUUGUCGUGCCGAGUAUUGCUGGAAGUUCGAGGAGAAUGGACAAAAUAUCCAUUCUAAGAUUAUCUAGCGCCUACCUGAGGGUUCAGUACACAGUUGGAAGUGGCACGAAGAAUUUUCUUCCCCCGCUUUUGAAUGUUAAAUCUGAUUUUGACCUGGAACAAUUUUUUGUCAACAAUCUGGUUGACGGCUUCUUCUUCGUAGUUACCGCAACAGGAAAAAUUGUCUACAUUAGUCGACAAGGGGAGCAAUAUUUCGGUUGUCAACAUCAGAACGAGUUGCUGGGGCAUUCCCUGUAUGAUUACAUCUAUCCCAAGGAUCAUGGCGAUCUCACGCGUAAUCUUACGCCUGACGGGAUGCAGCCGAUGUCGUCGACGGGCGGUGUAGCGCAGGGGUCCGAGGUGGCGCAUGACAACAAUAGUUCCAGCUCCUCCGAGGAAUCGACGACAAAUCAUCGGACGAACGAAAGGAUCAAGCGCUUCCGUGAGCAGAGGCGGCACUUCACGAUCCGCAUGAUACAUAAAUCCAAAAAUCCCUCUAAGCAGAACGACCUGUCGCCGCAGUAUGAGUGCUUUAACGUUUCGGGUCGCCUUAGACUCGCGCAGACUUGCACGGAUACUAACGGGAAGAGAGAAAGGCAACGAGAGAUGGCGGGCACUAGCAACGAUAUCGUUUUCGUCGGCGUAGCAACCUUGUCAAAGAAGCAGUCCAUCACCAAAUUGUCGAUACUGGACGCCAGUAAAAGCGAGUAUUGGACGCGGCAUCUGGUCGACGGACGUAUCAUAUGUUGCGAUCACAGGGUGUCGGUCGUUGCCGGGUACUUGUCGGAGGAGAUACAGGGCCUGAAUGCAUUCGCCUUCAUGCACAAGGAUGAUUUCAGGUGGCCGAUGAUCGGUCUACGGCAAAUGUACGACCGUGCAGAAACUUUUGGCUCGUCGUGCUACAGAUUACUCACAAGGUCCGGUGAAUUUAUCUACUUACGGACCCAAGGUUAUUUGGAACUUGACGAAAAUACGCAAACGGUGGUGUCUUUUGUUUGCAUCAAUAGCCUGGUUUCGGAAGAAGAAGGCAUCCGCCUGAUGAAAGAGAUGAAAGAACGGUUUUCUGCGACCGUGCCCGCAAGUAGCAGAGAUCUCAUUCGGCCUGCCGACAUUAACACACCAAUAGAAUCGAUCUCAAACUCCCAGUCAUCGGAUCCGAAAUGUAGCCUCGAAGAUAAGUCGCAACUCGAGGAUGCUAUUACUCAUCUAAUUAGCGACUUACCCUCACCAGUUACAUCAGAGAAUUGUUUUUCUCCUUCGUUGAUGCCUCACACGCAAUACGUGAAGGCUACCACAUUUUCUCCUCGUACGUCCCCAAGUGCACAAUUCAAGAUUGAUACUAAUAAAAUCAACCGAUGCGCCGUUAUCCAAAAUAAAUCUAAAGUACCUCAGAAGCAAGAAUCCAAACAUACGAUUGGAAAAUUGAUUAAGCCCAGUAGCGCGGAACAAAGCCCAAUAUCAGAUUCGGAGAGUGCAAUGCCGAAUGGCAAGACUUUGUCAAUGUUCGAAAUGAUGAACGCUGGUCACAGCAGUCACGGUAAUGUUCAGAACGCCGAUGUAUCUGUACAAUCGAAAAUUCUUACCCCUCGCAAGCCUGGUAAGAGCUCUCGUGCAUCUCGUAAUCAUACGUCAUGUUUGGACGUUUCUCAAAGCGUGAACGCCCAAGAAAGAAUAAACCAGCGUAAUAUGGGUAUGUUGUCUCCGGGCGCUAUAAACGAAAGUACUGCAUGUAAAAUCAAGGUGGAACGAGGCAUUGAGGAAACAUUCAACUGUAUGGAAAAGCAGGAGUCGAUAAUGCAAUACUUUGACGACAGCGCAAGCGACAGUUCCAUUGUUUCAUCAGGGAUCGAGAUGAACGAUCGAUGUCCAUUGAAAAGGAUAUAUAGUGAUGAAAAUCUUAUGGCGAUGUACAAUAAAAAGAAACUUAACGAUGUGUAUGCAUCGACGAAUACGAAUACGAAUAUGAACAACGAACAGCAGCGCGUUUCCUAUUUGAAAUGCAGAUCUUUCGCAACUGAGUAUCCAACAUACUCGAACGAGUUUAAUCAGUACACUGACGUCAAUUUGCAACCGACAAUAGCGGAGUCGCCUAAUUCGAGUCUGCAUGAAGUUGGAAAUGACUAUCAACAAUUGAUAGAUCCCGCUGCGCCACUAAUUAUGACAAAUCAUGACGAAGAACAAUUUAUCGAGUUGCAAGACCUGAAGGAGGACACGUUGCUAAGUUCAGAACUGGACGCAAAUCCAGAGCUCAUGAUAAAAAUAUUAGACGGUCUACGUAAUGGAUCUGCAGGUUUUGAAAAUUUUAAUGAAGCAAAAAUACAGCAAUUGACACCUGAUGAUCAAAUUGUCAAUGACGAGUUAAGUCGCACGUAUUAUCAGCUAGCAGACAGUAUGGCGUUGCAGGAAUCCCAAAUCAAUGUAUUGGUACGUGAUCUCAAAAACCCAGCUCUUCGUAUCCAAAGAGAAAACUUGUCACAAUUACAGGCCGAGCAUAAUAUGCAGAAGCGAAUGCUUAAAAGUUUACAACAUGAUCACUGUAAAAUGCAAGUGAACAUCAAGCAAACACUUGGAAUCUAAGAAACGGGAUGACAGUCACCUCGCGAAAGUCACUUUCAAGAACGCGAGCUUAAUAUAACACAUCCCGGAAGUUUAAUUAAUAAAAAAAUAAGCUUUUAAAAUUGAGCCUUUUUCCACGAAGGACUAAAACAGAGCUUUCGGUAUUUGCACACGCGCAAUUUACAUAAAACUUCUUGAUUUGUAUUCUGAUUUCACGUUGUGAGAUUACUCUAUUUUGGCAUUAUCGAUAUCAUCAAGGUUUUGCGAGGAAGAUUUGAAUUAUCAGUGUAGCAACGAAUUGAGAUUUGCAUGAGUGCGGGCGCCGUAAAAUCGCUUAGCUCAUGAAGAAGCCAAGGCACUGUUUAAAUUGACCGCAAGUGAUUUCUCUAUUACUAAAGCAGUUGGUGUGUUUGCUUCGAUCUGCGUUUUUUCUCGAUUUCAGCGGAAAAGAAACGAUUGGAAAGAAACAUUGAAAAAAGAACUCGCACAGUCGAGCGAUUAACGCAUAGAAAUGAUUCUUUUUCUUUCCUUGUCGUUUUCUUAACUCUGUGAAAUUAAGGACUUUAUUGCGCGUCAUAUAAAAAAUCGCGCGCCUUGCUCACUAAUUGAUCAUGCAAAAUCGUACAAAACCGCAUUGUAUACUGUUAUUUAAAACGUUGACACAUAAUAAAUAACAGUCGCUACUCAAGCAGAUUUUCUGCAGCGAUCGAGUGUUAUGCAGUUGGCAGUUUUCAAAUUUUACGAUGUAGUGAACAUGUAUAUAUGAUAUACAUUAGAUUUUAACGCAGCAUGGGCCGUGUACGGCAUUUUCCUCGUGCUAACUUACUCGUCGCAUUGAGUCGAGUUUGAAUGCUACCUCUACGAUUAUAUUUAUAUUGGAUGGAUACGAAACCAGUCUGACUUAUUUCAUAAAUAAUUAUUCUAUCAGUUGUAAUUGUUAACCUGUAAUAUUAGAUGUUAAUAUAUAAUACUCAUAAUACUGACGUAUUUUUUAUAAUUGAUAAAAAACUCAUCGAAAAUAUGAAAAGACAAUUUGAUAAUUUUAACGAAUGAUGUUUUAACUUAUUGCAUGUCAUGUAAAUUUUAUUGCGUAUUUAUAUGGAAGAACAAAAUGUUAAAUUUAGGGAUAUGUCUAUAGGAUUGCCACAUACUUUAUAUAGACCAAAUUUAUUCUACUUUAGAGGAGCAGUUAUACUGCAUGUACCUAAAUUCUGUUUUUAUUUAUGUUUAAAUGUUCUGUAAUAUUUGAAAAGUAAAAGUCCAAUUAUUAAAAAAUAACAAUUAGUCAUUAGAAGUUAAUCUUAUUAUUUAUUAUCCCUUCCUCCAAGUGUCAUUACAAUUACUGCUUUAUGUGAUUCUUUUUUUAAAUGUUCUACUUUUAAUAUUUCUGAAAUGUGGUAACCCUAAAUAUGUCUUUAAAUUUUACUAACUUUCUAUGAUUACAUAAAAAACUUCUGAAAAUGUAUUUUAAUUUUGCAACAUAUAAAAAACGUAAUAAUAAAUAAAGUGUAAAUUAUACAUUUAAAACAUAUUACUAUUUAAUCCAUUUUUUAUAAAAAUGAAUUGAUUUACAUAAAAGAUUUUACUGAAUCCGCAAAGUUUUAAUAUAAUUCUCCUAUAAUUUGUUUGAAUAAUUUUUUAUGUCUCACUGACUUUACUAUCCAUUCAAUAUGUUACUACAUAAAUAUAUAUAUAAUAUAUAUUAAUAAUCGAUAUUUUUAUUUCAUUGUUAAUUAACCUCCGCAUUAAUGAGUAGUUGCGUGGAAGUUGACACGAUUGACAUAUAUGUGUGUCAAUUAUUGAGACAAAAUACAUAUUAGCCAAUCGUUGCCAGCAAUUAUUUAUGACUAUGCGGAUCAGCAUAAAUACAAACGUACUGUAUAUUGUCAAAGUGUUUAAAGUAUAAAAGUUAUUAAUAUAAGAGAGUGACGAAAAUUGUACACCUGUCGACGUAUUCAGCACUAGCACUUAACAGAUCUACAAUUUUAUUUAAAUCCUAUGUGUACAACUAAUGUAUGUGUAUGUGUAAAGGCUGGCCCUGUAAAUCAAGAUUUUUAACCUGAUCUCAGAUUAACAGCGUUUUAAGCGUUUCUUUUUUUUUCGAACAAGAAUUUCUCAUUGAGCAUCUAGAAAUGUAUAUCUGUUAUUUGCAGUCAUGUGCUGUUCUCUUCAUAUAUUAGGUUGAUUUAAAAAAUCACUUUUUUUCUACUAUUCACAAAAAAUGAGCAAAUCGAAAACAUAUGAUUUUUUUACCAACUUAACAUGUUAAUUUUCUAUGCUCCUGAAUUCUGUUUGUAUAUACACACAUCGUAUGUCUAUCUUAAUAUAUGUAAUAUUUCGUGAUCUUGCAUUCUGUUAUUGCGUAUCUAUCUGGGAUUUGGAAUUUUAUUAUCAGUUUAUAAAAAAUGCAAAUUGUGUGUACACACACACACACACACACACACACACACACACACACACACACACACACACACACACACACACACACACACACACACACACACAAAAAUGCCAUGUGUAUAUAUACAUAUUUUUAUGUUCAUUGUAAAAAGUUUCGUUAAUUUGUUUUAAUGUUACAUUAAUGUUGAAAUGAGGAAGUCAAGAUAUCAGUUAGUAAAAGGCCUCUAUAUUGUUACGUAUAAUAUCAGAAUUGUGAAAUUUAGAGCAGCCUAUUCUCUCUGUUAGUUAUUUAUCGGUGGAAAAACUUGACUAUCCUCACAUACCGAUUAAUCAAUAAGAACCUAUGUUUUUAUGUGGAAAUCCACCGCUGAAAAAAAGGAGUAUCUAUUUCUGUAUGUAUGAAAUUUACAUUCGCAUAAUUAACGACCGUGCGUAAAACAAGUAUCAAGUCGGCACAACAUCGCCAUUGAUACCAAUUUUUCUCGCGGUCUUGUAGUACAAAGGACAAGUUUAAACUGUCUGUGUUCAGUGUACCUCAUCCUCUUCUCUCUUUCUCUCCAACCAUUUCUUUAUAUCGUCAUGUCGGUGAUUUUACAGUCGUACCGAUAAUAACUGGUAUUAAUACGUCGGCUUUGAAUGUCAGCUUGGUUGUGAGUAUGCUUGGUGAAACAUUUAAAGUAAAACCUGUGGAAAUAUAUAUCUUAAUUGCAGGAACAUACGUGAAAGUAAUAACAGAAGUUGAUUAAUUUAACAGCAGACAAUUUAACAAAGACAACUUUUUUAAUUAUUUUUUCAUAUGUUUACAAUAUUUCUAUUUGAAUUUAUUUAUGAGAAAUGUCACUCAAAGUAAAUUAUUAUUGACAAAGUCAUUGAUAAAAAUCAAAUAUCACAAUUAUUAAUGUUUACAAAAAAUAUGUGCCAUUUUAUAUUAUUUGCGAUAAGUUAUAAAAAAGCAACCAAGCAUUACUACAUUUGUAUGGCAUACUGUGCAUUGUAGUUAUUUAAAAAUGCAUUCAUUGUUACGAAGUGGAGUAGAGGCAUCUAAAUCUUUCCAAGAUGGGAUUAUGUGCAUAAUUAUGUAUGCAGAAAAUUAAAUUAUAUAUGAUUACUGUUAUACAUAUUAGAAGGUAUAAUUGUUAAAACAGAAUUGAGAAAAAAAAACGAAUAGAUCCUCUAAACUCCUUUAUCUUAAGGUAACUAAGAGAGAUAUGUAAAACGGACGGCUGCUCGAUAUUUAUUGGAAAGAAGUGGAUAUCAAUGCAACACAGAUGGCUCUAUGGUUCAUUAUACGCUAAAAUAAAGUUCAACUUUAUAUACCGCUGUAAAUACAUAUAUUGCGUUAUUAUAUUUUAUACUCUGCUGAUUGCACAUAAGCGGCUUUUCGAUUUCUUUCUGUAAAGAGCGAGAGCAAAGGCGAUAAAGUGUGGUUGUGUACUUUCCUCUUAUAUGCCUCCAUACAUGUAUACAUAUAUUAAAUGCAGAAUGUGUGACACGCGUCGAUGCCAUUUAAAUCUUCGUAGGAUUAGUAUAAUCCAACUGUUAUUAUACAUUGCUUUUUAAAAACACAUGAAUUUUGAACAUUCUUAUUUGGGGCAAAAGGUAUCCCUUUUGUAAUAUUUUCAACAAUUAUAAAUUACAUCGAGAAACUUAAAUGUGCUUUUCUACCUUUUUUAUUAAUUGGCAACGAAACUUGUGUCGGAGCAGGAUAUAUACGCAGGAUGUAAACUGUUUAAUUACCCAUCUGAUAAAGAUGAAUUUAAUGUCGUAUUGUAAAUGCUCAGAUAGUGAUCAUUACUUUAUAUUACAUUAGGCAUACCGACGCGAGAAUUAAUUGUAAAUUUUCACGAUGACAUGUAUGGCCCAUUAAAUAUUACGCACACAAUAACAAUAAAUAUUGCGUUUUUCAUAAAAUAAUGGGACAAAAGUUAUAGUGUAUACUUACCUCUCCUGUGCUGAUUGCUGGCACGUUAGUUAAUAUUCCCAUUAGCUUUAUCAUUUUGAACGACCCAUAUGUGAGAACAUGAAUUAUUUCGAAUGAGCCGGCCGAUAAUUAUGAAUAAAAACAUUUGUAAAAAAUUUUCUAAUAUUUAAUCUCAAUGUUAAGCACAAUAUAAAUUUCGAUAGAAUUAUUGAGGAAUGUGUAAUUCACGUGACAAGCCAAUUCGAUAAGAAAUCCACCGUCAAAUUAUUUUAUAAUUUUAUUACAUAUACAUAUAUAUGCAUAUAUAUAUAAUGUACACACACACACACACACACACACACACACACACACACACACACACACACACACACACACACACACACACACACACACAUAUAUAUAUGUAUGUAUAUAUAUGUAUAUAUAAUAUAGACGUAUUGAUAAUACACACGUUUCACGUUACAUACUUUGUCAUAUUGAAUUGAGUUCGACAAUUUUUAUUUUAUAUUGUAAAGCUCAUGAUCAGAAAGCACACAGAUCCAGACUAUUUUAAUAUGUUUAAAAUUUUUUAUAAACAGUAAAUUUUGUUAAUAUGGAAGAUAGACUUGUUAAUUAUUUAUUUAAUUAUUAUGUUGAUACUUAUAUCAUCAUAACACAGUGUAUGUGUAUUAAAAACUAAAAACUCUAUUGGUAUUCCUAUUCCUCUUCUUUUUUUACUUUAUGUUGGAGGUGGAUAAUUUUUAGCAAAGAAUGUGAGAUAAUAGAAAUUACGGAGAUAUUGUGAACGAGUUCAAAGAAAUGAUGCAGUAAUUUAUAAAAAGGUUUAUGAGUUUCUCUUAGAACAGUACAAAUAUUUAUUUGGCACAGGUACUAUUGAUAGUAGAACAAAACCCGUCAAAGAAGAUUGUAAAUAAGAAACAAUUUGUUUUUCAAUUGAAUCAGAUUUUUUGUUUUUUAUAAACGAAGAAAAUUAAUAACGUAUAGUUUGCAUAUUUGGCUAACUUAUUCUAUAUUUAAUAUAUGGCGAAGAAGAUAUGUAUGCGUACAUAAAAAGAGGAGGAAAAUGUGUAAUUGUAACCAAUAAAGAAACAUAAUGAUUGGGAAAAA